CAUUCUGAUCAGGCUGGCUGUCCCAAUCACAUGAGGUUUUAUUCAAUAUUCUGAAAGUGAAACUGUGAGCAGAGGAGAAGCCAGUUCCUCAGCUGAACAUGCUGAAGGGCAAGAAAUUCCUGAUCCCCCCUGAAGGAGGGUUCAGCUUUGAGAACUGCAACAGGAACAAAGCAUUGGAGGGAGACCAACUGAAGGUGGGCCUCAAACCUCCAAAAGCAAAGAAGACAGGGACCACCAUUGCUGGUGUCAUCUUCAAGGAUGGAGUGAUUUUGGGAUCUGAUACCCGGGCCACAGAUGACAUGGUCGUGGCUACCAAGAAUUGCAUCAAGAUCCACCACAUCGCUCCUAAUAUUUACUGCUGUGGCGCAGGAGUGGCAGCUGACGCUGACGUUACAUUGGAGUUGAUCUCCUCCAACAUCCAGCUCCACAGCCUGUCAACUGGGCGCAAGCCUCGAGUGGUCACUGUGAACCGGAUGCUGAAGCAGAUGCUGUUCAGGUACCAGGGGCACAUUGGACUGUCAGUGAUAGUGGGGGGUGUGGACUGCACAGGGUCCCACCUGUACGCAGUGUAUCCUCAUGGCUCCACAGACACACUGCCCUAUGCCUCCAUGGGCUCUGGCUCGGCGGCUGCCAUGGCCAUCUUGGAGGAUCGGUUCAAGCCAAACAUGGAGGAGGAAGCAGCCAAGCAGCUGGUCUGUGAGGCCAUUACGGCCGGGAUAUUCUGUGACCUCGGUUCUGGGAGCAAUGUCGACCUCUGCGUCAUCACCAACAACAAGACCGAGUUUCUCCGUCCUUUUGAUUGCCCCAACAAAAAAGGGGAGAAGAAGGGUGUGUACCGUUACAAACAGGGCACCACUGCUGUGCUGACGGAGUCGGUCACUCCGCUCAAAGUGGAGCUGGUGGAGGAGGUUGUACAGAGGAUGGACACUGAGUGACGAGUGACAUCCCACCCGCUCUCCAGGAUCCAACAGGAGGAUUGUGACAACGUAUUUCUGUUGGAAGCAGAUGCAUUUAAUGUUUGGCUGUAGGGUUUUUACACAUUUUCAUAAACGUAGUUUCCAAAUCAGCUAAAUCUUGGUAGCUUCUAUGCUUAGCAAAUCAAAUUAAGUAAUGUAUUUUGUGCAAUUUCUACAGGAUUAAGGGGCUGUUGAUGUGGAUUGGGCAGGACCAGGCUUCUACCACAACGGGCUGGUCAUCCAGCCUCCUCCCACUAUCAGGGUUUUUGACCUGACACCUGGUCAGCCCCAGGCCUCCCUUCUGCUUGCUCUUGUGGGUCUCUUGCUUACCCCUUGGCUAAUCCCAGAGCCUCACACUCCCAGACCGUGCAGGACUCUGGCCUCCUCUCAAGCAGUCUUGGGAAUUCUGCUCUCCCUCUUGGCCAAUCCCAGGGUCUCAGCCACCUUCUUGGCCAACACUGGGACCUUUGCUCUCCCCCUAGGCCGAUCCCAGGGUCUCUGGCCUCCAACUCAGCUGCUCCUGGAGACUCCUUCCCAGAGUUUCUGUCCACCCACCCAGGCCCAGACACCCCUACCUUCUGGAUCCCACAAAUCUAACCAGUUAUGAGCCUGGAUUGGAGCAAUGGACUGCAGUGCAACAAAAGAGUUGUAUUGAAGAAUAAAAAAUUGAUACUAAGGUUAAA